CUCCACGUGUCCCCCACAAGGGAAUUUCAUCGCGAUGGCACCCACAGUUGAUUCAUUGGGGCGUCAAUUCACGCGCGUUCAGGUCGCUCCUGGCAAGUUGGGCAUUGGGCUGGUAGAAAAUGCUGCUGCGGGGGGAGUUUAUGUUGGUCAGUUUGAAGCCGUUCGAGGGACCAUGCACGUUCACCAAGACUUGGUCCGGACUGGCGACCGCCUGAUCGAGCUGAAUGGACAAACGCUGGAACAUCAGUCGUUGAGCGAGGUGAUUUCACUUCUUCUUGCCACCCACGACAAGCCACGGGACCUCGUAUUUUCACGAACUCCGUCUAGCCUUGUGCGAGGCCCGUAUGACGUGGGCAAAAUUGUCCAAGUGGAGGUGUCGCCUGGUCCGUUAGGGUUGCAUCUUCAUCAGUCCAUCGGUUAUUGCGCCAUCGUGGACACUGUCCUCGACACGAGUCCGUUAAAGGGACACGCAGGGGUCCAUUGUGGGAGUCGCGUCAUUCGAAUCAACGACCAGGAUGUGUCCACUAAAUCCCGCGAGGCGGUGGUCGCGCUACUUGGCCAGCUUAAAGACCAGAAGAAAUCCAUCGAGUUUUACAGCAUGGCACCGCCCACGUGCACCGCGUUGGUUCAAGUGGAAGUUCCAACUGGGUCUAGUGUCCAACUGGAGCACUUGACAGUGACGAGAGUCGCUUCUGUCGAUGAACUGCGUGUGGGUGACGUCGUGGUGGCUGUCAAUGAGGUCGACCUCACGACAUUAGACGCCACGAAGGCACUGGCAGUGUGGAACGCUACACCAUUCCCAAAACGAGUUGUCAGCUACCGGACUCAGAGCCCCCUGCUUGCGACGACACCUUCGCAGCAAGCAUCCCCCUAUAGCCCCACCAGCAUCGAAGUGAUCAUCGCAGACUCGUCCCUGGGUUUGAAUGUGGACAGCUCUGAGGGGAAACAUGUCCUGAUCACGGGGUUUGCCACCCCCGCCGAUGCUCAACGAUCAUACUAUCAGCCUCAUCGUGACACCCUUCCAGGACGUUUCGUGGCAAGUGUCAACGGCAUCGACGUGAGCUCGUUCCCUCGCGACGACGUGCUUGGGCUGUUGGGCAAAUUGACGUUGGUGCCAAAGACAAUCGCACUGGUUACAUCGGAUGACAUGGCAGCAUUACACGCCAAGGCGUUCCGGGUCAUGGUGGACGUCGCCCCAGGCUCCCUCGGCGUUGAUUUCGAUGGCAACUGUACAAACAGCACCGUGUUGUCCGGGUUUCGCCCUGUAAAUGGAUCCCCCGGUGCUCUCGAACGCAGUGGCGUGGUCGGUCCCGGCAGCGUCCUUGUGGCUGUCAACCACCUGAACGUGUCACGCCUCCCGCUGCAUCAAACCAUCGACCUGCUCAAGAAACUCACAGACGUUCCGAAACGACUCACGUUCGUUCGAGGCGGCACAUCCUCGUCCGUGCUCACGCAGCCGUUCAUUGACGUGUCCGUCCCCCCAGGUUCCAUUGGCGUGGCCUUGAACAGCUCGAUUGCGUCGAGCACAGUCGUGCAAGGGGUCACCCCUGGCAGUGCCGUCGACGAAUUCAGUGGCAUUCGUCCUGGUUCAGUCCUCGUGGCAGUUGACGGCUUUGACGUGACCACUUUACCGCUCGCCAAGACCACCGAGCUCUUGCGUGCGCUGUCUGGACAUCGCAAAGUGCUGUCGUUCACGACGUCGGAGCCGAUCGGGUGGCCAACAUCGUGUGUGGCCGUGGCAGUUCCUCCGGGCCCACUUGGUCUUGAAUUCGACAGCGCAGUCGCCGAGGCCGCCAUCGUCCAAGGGUUUGCGCCCGUGCCAACCUCACCGGACAGAGUGGGCGUUAUCCAGUUGCAUGGAGGCGUGGCAUUGGGCAGUCGGCUCGUGGCCGUCGAUGGCGUAGACGUUCGGUCCAAGUCUCUGAUGGACAUCACGGCGUUCCUCAGAGAUGUGGGGAAAGCGGCCAAGACGCUGCGCUUUAUACUUCCCCAUGGAGCCCCGUCAUCCCCGAAGUCGAGCCCUCCGAUGGCGCCGCUGCCAAGGCAACACUCGUUGGAAAUCCUCCAGAAACAAAUUAGUUUGACCGACGAUCCAGUCCAAGCGAUGCAUCAGCGCAGGGUCAGCGACACCACCGACAGUCCGCCGUUGUUGCGGCGCGUGAGUUCCCUGUCAUCCGAUGCAAGUGCGGAAGGCGCUCCAGGAUCACCUACUCGGUUGACGCGAGAAUACCAAGUCCGAACGUUUUCGUGGCUGGGCAAGUUGAAAGCCCAUGUGCUCGUACUAGACAAGGACCAGAAGAACAUGCUCGUGCAUGAAUGGGACGGCAAGCUAAAGUCCAUCAACUACACGCAUCAAGCCGUGUCGUCCUUCACACGAGUGACAAAGGGCAAGGCCGGCUUCAGCAAGAAGCACGCUGCCUCUGACAUCGACGACAACUUGUGCUUGUCCAUCGGUGCGGACAAGUCGAAGUCCUACGACUACAUUGCCACGUCCACGGAGGACCGAGAUGCGCUCGCAGGGCUAGUUGAGUCGCUCAUCCGCACCAAGGCCACGUAGUGCAUUUGAUUAUGGUUUCAUAAUUUCGUUUUAUCCGGAACCGUAUAAACCUACCAAGGUGAAUAAUUAUUCUGGAAUUGUUUGGUGAAAUAAGAAUCA